CCAACGGCGUCGUGCCCUCCAGGAGGCUCAACUCUGAAGGCCACCGCCGAUGGUAGGGCGUGCCCGGCCGCACGCUGGAGUCCAUCCUCGAGUACGUCGAAGGCGGCAACAUGCCCAGGCUGGAGUACCCUGCUACACCGUCCUCCCGCCGGCGUGGGAGCUCGUGGACGCCGAGGCGCAUGGACCCGGGGGCCUCCUCCUCCUCCGGCCGCUCGACCGGCUCUCCCUGCCUCCGCCCCGUGAAGCCGGAGCCCCAGGACACGCUGGUCAGCCACCGCACCCGCAGCGCUGACGUCCGCAUCGCCGACCCCUCCCCCACCUCUGGACGCCUCGUCCUCGUCAGGCCGAAGGCGGAGCCCGGCCUCCCCGUGGAGUACGAGGCCAUAGCCCGGCGCGGCUUCUCCGACGAGGAGGCCCUAAAGUGGGCGCGGGACGACUACCUCCGCGACGAGAUGGUCCGGCAGUGCCGAGACCUGGAAGAGGUAGCCGCCCGCAGGAGUGGGCGCGAGGACGAGCACGGCGUGGUGAUCCUCGACAGCGACGACGACGAGGACGCCCCCGGAUCGUCCAACCCGCCGCGCCAAUCUGGGGAGGGGUGCAACAGGGACGGCGGCCGCGGAGGAGGCGACAACGACGACGAUGACGGCGACGGCGACUACACGCAGUUCUACAGGCGCCUCGGCAUGUAGAGCUUCAAGGGCGCGCGGGCGGCGAGGAGCGGCGAGGGCGACGGCGGGCCUAGUAGCGUAUUUUUUUCUCCUCUGUAAAAUAUUUUAUGAACUCGCCGAAGUUUGGUUGAAUUUAGCCGUGUUUUAAACGAACUCGCCGAACAUUUUCUUUUUUUAAGAAAAAUUAGGCGCGCCUGGGGGCGGCCCUGGGGCCGGCGAUUGGGGACCAACUCGCCCCAGGCCGGUUUUUUGUGUCGGCUCACCCCUGGGCGGCGAUUUUAGGUGCCUCCUGGGGUGCCAACGGCUGGAGAUGCUCUAAGUAGGUAAGUUUGAGGUUCAGUAUCUGGUAGGGCUCCUGCAGUUUUUGGUCGUUUGGUUCUAGUUGUAAGUUCUUUUAUCCUUUUCUCUCUUAAUAUUACACAUGCAUCCUCCUGCAUGAUUCGAGAAAAAAAGACUAAAUAUCCUUUUCUGGGUUUAUCCAAAUGCACAAACAUAAGUUAACAAAAGGUUUUUUCAUCAAAAAACUACGGGACUGCUAAUUUUCAUCCGGAUGAAAAUUAUUGGCGUUCAUCCGAUUUGUGAGCUGUCCGAUCUGUGUCCUGAGAUUCGUCUGAUCUCUCGCUACCACACGGCCUUCCUCUCGUUCCCUUGUCAUUCCCAGCACGCAACCAGAACAGAGUCCAGAGAGAGAUUCAUGGCGACCCGGUGGUUCCCUAUCCGCUCGAUUCGCUAGGGUGUGGUCAGGCGUCCGGCGUUCGCCCUCCGGCUGCUUCACUCCCGUCCGGCCGCCAACCCCCUCCUGCUCCCCCGCUGUCCGCGCCGUUGGUCUGCAGCAUCUCUCGACCGCCGCACCCACCCACGGCCUCUAUUUCUACCCCGGCGACUUCGCUAGUCUUCGUGAUUCGGGGAUUUCUUCACUCUAAUUCUCAGUGGGUUUCCACUAUAAUUCCACUUAUUAGCUGUAAUUCCAAUUGGAUUUACAGUGUAAAUCAAGUUGCACUGAUAUUGUCAGUGGGUUUAGUGUAAUUGACGUUACUGGGGUCAAAUAGCAAGAGAAUUAAGUUGGUCAUUUUGGCUUCAUCUUACAUGAAGGAGUGCAUCUUCAUCUUGCUGACUCUGUGAAGUAGGAGAGGGAACUGUUCACAGGGAGGUAGAGAAGAUUGACAGGAGAGGAUCUCUUACAUGUGCAUCCAUGAUUUUCUCAAGGUUUGCCCUCUGGAUAUUGGAGGAAUCCCCCCUGUGAUUUCUUCUUUGAUGGGGUGGACAAGCACAUCGACACAUUCAGGGGACAGGAACAAAACGGAGGACAUGUGACACUUGUUAAACUCCGUGUUGCCAAAAAAUAUGACUGAAAACUAAUUGGAUUUCAGAAGAGGAUUUUUGCAGUGUCACUUUAAUGCAUCUUUCACUAUAAUUCUCAGUGGGCAUGAUAGAAAUUACUGUGUUUUUUAGUGAAUUUUACACUGUAUUUGUCAAUGUGUUUUUAGGUGACAUCAUCUUGGUGUUUUUCCUCCCUUUGUUAGCCUAGUGAUCACGGAAAAGCUUUGGGUGUAUCGUUGUGGUUCUUUCAAUUCCUCUUCUGGCUGUUGUUCUGUC